CUAAUUACUGGUCACCUUGCAAAUAUCCUGUAAUCUCGAAGGGCGCACUGGGAUGCUUUGGAAGGCAAGGCUGACGGUUGGCCAUUAACCUUGGUGCCGAAUGGCGAUGGAAGAGGGAGCCCUGUUGGAUUUGGCCCCCGCAAUCCAUGCCAGACCAAAGCCAGAGGUGACCUUGGAUGAAGGCGUGGAGGAGCAGGAAGAAGGGGAGACAGAUGUGCCAGCUGAGGAGGAGAUGGUGGGAUGGGAGGACACCUGGGAGGAGACCACAGAUGCCGGAGCAGGAGUGAAGAGCAGUGAACGUACUGGAGGCUUCCCCGCUGGAGGUACCAGGGCUUUUCUGAUGAGCUCCCCGAGAGACUUCGGUAAAGAGUUGGGCCUGGGCGUUCCCAACUCUGAGGAGAGCCGGUGGAAAGACUUUCUUAAGACAGUGGAGGCUCCCGGACUCAGCUGCUCAAGCCUACAAGAACUGAGCUCCUCCCUCCACAAUACUUCUGCCACACUUCCAGCCUCCGUCAAGGUGAAGGCCGAAGGCACCCAGUUCACAGUAGAACGGGAGACCCAAACCCAGCCUGGUCUCAGUGGGGAAUCCCAAGAGCCCCACGGAAACCCGAAACCCUCCGAGCCGCCGAAAGAAGAGCUUCCAGAGGCGGACACGGUCGUUUCGGAGAUCCAGCGCCAGCACUUCCGCCAGUUCCUCUACCGGGAGGCCGCGGGUCCCCGGGAGGCUUGCAGCCGCCUCUGGUUCCUCUGCUGCCGGUGGCUGAAGCCGGAGAGGCACACCAAGGAGCAGAUCCUGGAGCUGCUGAUCCUGGAGCAGUUCCUGGCCAUCCUGCCCUCCGACCUCCAGAGCUGGGUGGUGGAGGGUUGCCCCCAAACCUGUGCCCAGGCAGUGGCUCUGGCUGAGGGCUUCCGGCAGAAGGAAUGGGUACCAGAGACGUUGGAUGAGCAGGUGAGGAGGACGCGUGGUUUGGGAUGA